AUGGAGUAAGAUUAACAAUUUGAAAUGGUUGGGACAUUUAACAACAAAGUUCAGUAGUUAUCUAUUCACUUUAUUCCUUAUUUAGAAAGUAUUAGAAUAGUAUAAAAAUUUUGUAAUUAGAAUACUUCCACUGGGUAGAAAUUAUUUGAAUUGUAUUUCUCUGAUGAGGAUAUACAAUUUAAAUGGGAUGAAUAAAUGGAGAAAUUAGGCUACAUGAGUUUUGUUAUACUACGAAUUAAAAUGGAAGAAUUUAAGAUUUUAGGAAAUCAUGAGAAUAUUUAAUGGCUUUUUAACAUAUGUAAAGGAAAAUUUAUAUUUCUUUAAAAUAGUCAAAAUACAAAAAGAACUGUUCUAGAACAAAAUGAAUCAGGAAUUGUAUAAAUUACAUUAUAAAGCCUAGAUUUAUAAACUGGAUGAUAAAUGUCAUAAUGGUUUCGAGUAUUAUGAUAAGAUUCUUUUUAUGAAACAAUCAAAAUCCAACUAAUGUUUUUGUAUUCCAGAAGAAAUAAAAGUUCUGAAAUUAGUUAACUAAAUUAAAUGCCCUUAUUUAAUGAAUAUAGAGACAAUCUAAUAUGAUGGACAUUAAUUUUCAUAUUGUUAUAAGAAAAAAAGACUGGAAACUUUAAGGUCACUUAUAUAAGGGACUCCAAACAUGAAAUUAAGUUAAGUAUUAGAAAUAAUAAGAUAGCUGCUAUAAGGUAACCAUAUUUUUUAAGUAUAAGUCACUAAUUAUUUUGAAUCAAUAAAAUUGGUUCAUAAUAGAUUAGAUUUGGAUAACAUUCACUAUUCUAAGGAAGAAAAUGUUAUUCAAAUAACGAAUUUUUCAUAUUCUUUUCUUGAAAAAUACCAACCAAUAAAUUAGUAAUUAAAUUUUGUAAUAAAAGUAAAGGGUAGAUAAUUGGUCAUGCAUCUCCAGAAAGUUUUUCUUAAACAUAAAAGAUAACUACAGCAAGUAACAUUUAUUAAGUUGGAAUAAUAUUUUAUAUAAUGUAUAUAAUAUUAUCUAUAUAAGGGUGUUUGGGAAUAAUCCUUUUGGAAAUAAACAAGACGAGAUUUAGAAAUAGAAUCUCAUGGGACAUUUUUCUAUGCCUAAAUUAAAUGAAUUAAAAUGGUAAAAUUAAACCAAAAUUCGCCAGAACAUUUUUGAAAUGAUUUCAUUAAUGAUGUCCAACCUUCCUGAAUAAAGAAAAACUUCUUCCUAUUAUAUGACAUCAAAAAUCUUUUUACCAUUUUUGAAGCAAAAAAUUUCAAAAAUGGAAUUAAAGCUUAAUCUUAAUGAUAAUUAAGAAGAUGAUUCUAUAAAUGAAGAAAACAAAUUUCUAAACACAAUAUACAUUCUUCCAACAAAAUUUAAAUGA